ACAUCACACCAUGACGCCACCAACGCUCCACAUGUCAUCGCUUCGCUCCUGGCACCAUAAGAUGCCGCAUCCAACUCUGGGGAUUCGAGAUCGCUCAAACUGAAUGGUAACCAGUACAACAAUGAGGACGACAAUGAUUUUCAGGAAGCCCAAGCAUACUAGUCCACACUCAGCCUAGGCUAAUAUGACUCAUAUGAUUAGCAUUCAUGCCCAUCUUCUUUCCGAUAAUCUUGCAACCUUUGGCGAUGUCAACGACGCCUCUCGACAGUCAUUGUACGGCACAGUUGCACCAUGGUCGGCACAUGUAUCCGGAAUCUGGAUCGGAAAAGAGCGUCAAAGCAGCUGCGUAUGUGAUCCAACUGCACGGAACGGAACGGUGGAGCAGGAAUCAGUGUGACAUGUCUCAGGCGAGUGAUGCUAUGCAUUGUCUAACCGUAUAGCGACGAUUCGUCUUGCCUUGUCACCUUUGUUACCACCGUCGACUCAGUUUCGGCAUUCCCCACCCAUGCACUGCUCACUACGG